UUCGUUCCCGUUUCAGGGCGGCUGAAACGGAAUUCCUCUCUCAACACCAGCACCGAGCAACGAUUAACCUCAAAAGGACAUGCUAGUCCUUUAAAUUUAAAGUCGAUUCUCUCUCAACCGUGGUUCAUCCGAUUUAACGUUGUGUUGUUGAAGAAUCACGCGGUUGUUUCGGGCUUUGUAGUCGUUUUUUCACCGGAUUAUCAAAUUGUCUAGUUUUGUGGGGUACAAAGAGGACGACGAUGAUGCUGCCGAGGACCUAGAGACCGGCUCGUCUGAAAGGAGGCUGCGAGAGUAUCGGGAGAUGUCGGGGCUCUGAGUCAAGAUUCUUCACUUGGAAGAAGAGUCGAAGGAUGUCCUCUUGCCGGGCGUCAAGUUUUUUCCCGCCGUUCUGACUCCGGAGACGAGCGCGGGGGCGGUGGCGAUCGAGGGCUCGAGCAGCGGCAAGACGUUGUCGAAGGUCUUCCCGAGCCCGGUAGCUGCCCAGUGCGUUUGGGGACUCGACCCCAGGACUACUGGGCAGUCCUGCAACAUGGCCACCUCCAACUCCGACUCAGAGGACAAGGACAGCGGCAUCCUCACCAACUCCCAGCACAGCCUCAAGUCCGUCUUCGAUCUCGUCCGGAAUGGGUCGAUCACAGAUCUGGACAACCUAGUGGACAGGGUGGGCCCGGAGUCCCUGUCCUCGCGGGACGAGUGGGGCUACACGCCUGCCCACUGGGCCGCCCUGGACGGGAACGCAGACGUGGUUCGCUACUUGAUCCAGCACCAGGUCCCCGUCGACUUCCCCUGCCUCGGCAUCCAGGGAUCCCGCCCAAUCCACUGGGCCUGCCGCAAGGGACACACCGCAGUCGUACAACUCCUCUUACAGGCUGGUGUGGCUGUGAACGCAGCAGAUUUCAAAGGUCUGACUCCUCUGAUGACUGCAUGUAUGUUUGGUCGUGCGGCUACGACGGCAUAUUUACUCGGCAGAGGAGCUCUUCACCAUUUGGUGGAUAUCAACGGUGACACUGCAUUACACUGGGCCGCAUAUAAGGGUCACUCGGAUGUGGUGCGUCUCUUGACCUUUUCAGGGGUCGAUCUUCAGAAAGCCGACAAUUUCGGAUCGACGCCACUGCACUUAGCAUGCCUCUCUGGGAACGUCAAUUGUGUCCGCACUCUGUGUGAAGCGAGCAAACUGGAGCUAGAACCAAGAGACAAGAAUGGGAAAACUCCGCUGAUGUUGGCUACCAGUCAUCGCCACAAUGACAUCAUUGAGUGCUUAUCGACUGUGAUCAAGAAGAGAGCCAGAAUCAUGCCUCCUUUGUCUGAAAUCUGGAGUCUCUUGUUCGGAGGGGGUGGAAAUUCGAAAGGACCCUUAUUUUUGUUCCUCGGAUCAUUUCUCUUGUGGUGCUACCCCAUGUACGUCCUGAGGUGUAUACCUUUAACGUGGAACACUCUCAGAGGAUGGCAUUAUAUUUUCCUUUACUGGAACGCUGUAAUGUGGGUGUGUUGGACUAUUGCUAAUAGGAUUGAUCCAGGAUACAUCCCUUGUAACACUGAAACCUAUCAUCGAAUUAUCCGCCAGAUUCCUCAUUCCGAUAAAUGGAACAAGAAGCGUGAUGGAAUGUUGACGAGGCUAUGCCACACCUGUCGUUGCGUCCGGCCGUUGAGAGCUAAACACUGCAGAAUUUGCGACCGUUGCGUGGCACACUUCGACCAUCACUGCCCUUUCAUCUACAAUUGUGUCGGUGUUCGGAACAGGAUGUGGUUCUUCACGUUCGUUUUGAGUAUUGCAAUCAACUGUUCUUUGACUAUAUUUUUUGCCUGUCACUGCCUUGCCUUAGAAGGUUUUGAGCUUCUGUACGUCCUAGGCCUCAGCGAGGCACUCAUCUUUUGUGCUCUUGGAUGGAUUUUGACCUGCUCAUCGAUGCUACAUGCCUGUAUGAAUCUAACGACCAACGAGAUGUUCAACUAUAAACGAUAUUCUUACUUGAGAGACAAGAGGGGCAAAUACUACAACGUCUUCUCUCGCGGGCCGUUUUUCAAUCUGAUGGACUUUUUCAUCUGUAGCGGAAGGACUCAGCUGGACUGCGACCUCUUGACGGAGGAAUUUAGCUGAAAAUCUCCUUUCAAUUGAAUUCAAGAACUCGGCUUGGCUUUCAAGUCAUCAUGCUGACACUCGGCUUUUUUAUGCUAAUAGAGCACCAGGCAGGUUUAAGCACCAUUGGAAGCCUUUUCUGCGGGCCGAUUAUUGAAAUUGAUAGACAAAGCUAUAGACAAAGGAGACAAAAGAGAUAUGGAGGGAUCCUAUUGGUGGAAGCGGGUGGUUGCAAUGGACAA